UCUUUGCUUUCCGAGAUUUUACUUGAAGACCACAUCACCAGCAAAUUUGGGAGUCACUUGCAAGGUUGAGCCUCAGUGGAGCCAGCUAAGCCUGCCCCUCGCCAUGAUCCUGACACUGCUGCUGGGCCUUGGGGGGUACCUGAGCUGGGGACUUCCGGGAGCCGGGGCACAGGACCCUGGUACCAGCUUCUCUGAUCCCCAAAGGCCCAGGGUGCCUGCAGCCUGGGAAAUGGAGGCUGCAGAAACCAGCAGAGACUCCAUUGGACGGAAUUGGUGCCCUUACCAGAUCUCUAGACUGGUCACCUACAUAGCUGCUUGCAAAACAGAGAAAUUACUGGUCCAUUCACAGCAGCCAUGUCCACAGGGGGCUCCUGACUGCCAGAGAGUCAAAGUCAUGUACCCAGUGGUCCAGAAGCCAGUGUACCAGGUCCAACAGAAGGUGCUGAUCUCUCAGGCCUGGAGGUGCUGUCCAGGCUUCCAUGGUCCAGACUGCCAGGACUAUGAUCCCACAGCAAACCCCGAGCCCACGGAGCCAAGUGGCGAACUCCCAGAGACUUGGGACCAGCUGGAUGGCUUUGAACUUGGCCACCCUGGCACAGAGUUCAAUGAGAUUAAGGUGCCACAGGAACACCUGCUUCAAAAUCUCCAGAAUGAUGCCCAGCUGGUAGAAGAUGACCUCCCAGGCACUUGGGAGGCCCCAGCCAGCAACCUUACAGCUGAGAGGAUGGAAGCCAAUCAAACAGAAUUCGGGUUUUCUGGCAGGAUAUCAGAGCACCCGCUGCAGCCCCAUAUCGAUGCGUUCCUCAAGGCACACUUCAAUCCCAUCUGGAAGAGCUUCGGUGAGAGCUUGCACAGCCUCUUCCAGGCUAUCAGAAACCUGUCUCUUGAUGUGGAGGCCAAUCACCAGGCCGUCAAGAUGCUCCAGGAGGGUGCCGUGACCAGGGCUGACCUCCAAGAGCUUGGUGCCAAGUUUGAUGCCAAGGUCCAGGAGAAUAACCAGAGAGUGGGCCGGCUGCAGCAGGACGUGGAGGACCAGCUGCAUGCCCAGCGCCGUGCCCUGCACCACGCCCUCUCUGAGGUCCAAGCUGAGAUGAGCACCAAGUUAAAGCAGCUUGUCAAGGCUCAGGAAGUUCCAGGGGCAGAGGGCAGCCUGGUGGUGGCAUCUGCAGCGGCAGCAGCAGCAAGGCCCGAGCCCGAGAGCCUGCAGGCCAGGCUGGGCCAGCUGCAGAGAAACAUCUCUGCUCUGUACACAGUCAUCGACCAGAAGGAGGAGGAGUUGCAGAGCACCAUCAAGAGCAUGGACAGUGUCUUGAACCGGCACGUGGAUGAAAUCAAGGAGCUGUAUUCUGAAUCAGAUGAGACCUUCGAUCAGAUCAGCAAGGUAGAGCGGCAGGUGGAGGAGCUGCUGGUGAACCACACGGGCCUUCGAGAGCUGCGGGUGAUCUUGAUGGAGAAGUCCCUGAUCAUGGAGGAGAACAAAGAGGAGAUAGAGCGGCAGCUGUUGGAACUCAACUUCACUCUGCAGCAUCUGCAGGCGGGUCACGCAGACCUCAUCAAGUAUGUCAAGGACUGCAACUGCCAGAGGCUCUACUCUGACAUGGACGUCAUCCGGGAGGGCCAAAGGGACGCCAUGCGCACCCUGGAAGAGACCCAGGUGAGCCUGGAUGAGCAGCACCAGCUGGACGGUUCUUCUUUGCAGGCGUUGCAAAGCACUGUGGAUGCCAUGUCCUCAGUGAUGGACAAGCAUAAAGUAGAGCGUGAGCAGGCACGGGCCGAGAGGGCCCGGAUGCGGAGCCAGCUGCGGGCGCUGGACCACGCGGUGGAAGCGCUGAAGACCGUGGCGAACCAGACCGGCAGAGAGAUGCGCCAGCUGCAUGGCUCCUUCGCAGCCCUUUUGGAGGAUGCGCUGCGGCAUCAGGCGGUGCUGGCUGCCCUCUUCGGGGAAGAGAUGAUGGAGGAGAUGUCAGAGGAGGCGCCUCGCCCUCUGCCCCUGAAUUAUGACCAGAUCCGCCUCGCUCUGCAGGACGCCGCCAGCGGGCUGCAGGAACAGGCGUUUGGCUGGGAUGCCUUGGCCACUCGGGUGGAGGCCUUGGAGCAGGCCUUGGAGCAGCACCCACAGUUGGCAGAGCGACUGGAACCCAGUCACGACUCUGGAAGGGAGGAGGAAGCCACGGCUUUGACGAACCUGGAGCAGGAGAUUCAGCGCCUCAGCUCUGAUGUCAAGCAGGUUGGGCAGUGCUGUGAUGCCUCCUGGGCUGCCUCCCUCAAUGGCUCCCUUGAAGACCUACACAGCAUGCUUUCUGACACCCGGCACAGCUUGAGACAGCACCAGCAGCUCUUCCGCAGCCUUUUCCAGAACUUCCAAGAGCUGGUGGCAAGCAACAUCAGCCUAGACCUAGGUAAGCUGCACACCAUGUUGAGUAAGAAAGAUAAGAAGCAGCAGAUAGGAGCAUCCCGGAAGAGGGAGAAGAAGCAAGUGGUGAUGUCUGCAGGUGCACGUGCCAAAGGGAUGGAGAAAGGUGUCCUCGACUCAGAGCUCUGGGAAGCAGGCUCGCCCGUGGCCUUCUACGGCAGCUCUUCAGAAGUGGUAACGGCUGUGCAGAUGGUGAAGUUCAACACCACGUCCAUCAACAUGGGCAGCGGUUACUUCCCCGAACACGGCUACUUCCGAGCCCCGAGACGUGGCGUCUACUGGUUUGGAGUGAGCAUUCCAUUCGGCCCAGGCCCAGGCGUGGGGCAGUUGGUGUUCGAAGGUCACCGCCGGGUUCCAGUCUACAGUGCAGAACAGAGGGGUGGGAGCACAGCCACUGCUUUUGCUAUGGCAGAGCUGCAGAAGGGUGAGAGGGUGUGGUUUGAGUUAAUCCAAGGGUCAGUAACAAAGGGGAGCCAACCACACGCUGCGUUUGGGGGCUUCCUGUUGUUUAAGACCUGAACCCCAGGCUCAGCUUGCAUCAGACAUGACACACUUGCCUGCUGUCCGUAGCCUGAGGCUCUGGCCUCAAUAGCUGGAGAACAUCUAGCGGCCUAGCUCUUCCCUGGACACCUUCUGCAAAGAUCCUGCCGUGGGCUGCAUGCACCUUCUUUUGGACACACAGGUUGGAGGAGGUCCGGUGUGCUGCUCCCUGGACUGUGCCCGUGCCUGGAGUGGAAGCAGGGCUUCUCUUGCCUUCCCCCAAUGGCAUGGCUUGUCUUGGCUCUAAGCCACUCUCUCAAUUCCACAACUUUGUUGUUUUAUUUUGGCAUUUUGCUCCUUCUGUGGUUGGAAACUCCUGUACAACAUUUAAAACUCUAUUUCCUCUUUCCUAUGUCAGGAAAUCAUUGUUUCCCAGAAGAAAUGUUCACAGUGAUGGUGACAGACCAGGCGUAGCUCACUGAGAGCAUUUGGCAUGCACAAGGGCCUGGAUUCUCUUUCCAGUACCUCAAAAAAAAAAUCUCCAUUUUUUUUUCCCUUCUGAAAUUGGAAACAAGUCUCCAAUUACUACAGGAAAACUAGUUGAAACAGCCUUUCUAGUCUCAUAAAAGGGAGCUAAUGCCUGGUUGAAUCAACCAUGGGAAAUGAAAUUAGUAUCUCGGCUGGGGAUGCAGCUUAACUAAAAAGCUCAAGCCCUGGAUUCAGUCCCCAGCACUCCAUAAAACAGGCAUGGUGGUACACAGCUUCGAUCUCAGCACACGGAGAAGGCAGGAGGAUCAGAAGUUCAGGGCCAUCCUCAGUUUUAUAACAGUUCAAGGCUAGCCUGGGAUAUGAGACCUUGUCACAUAACAACAAAAGGGGUUAAUGUUAUUUUUUUUUAAACUUUCAGUCACCCUGUCAUUAUCUGCAUAUUUAAUUUUAAUUUCAAGCCUUUUUCUCCUUGCUUCACUCAGUGUAGAGGUCAAGAGACGUCAACCAGGGACAUCACAGGGUCUGCCCUUUGCCCCUUUUAUUCCUCCACUGACUGUCCACACCCUCCCCAGCGUCUCUAAGGAAGCAGGGAAACUAAACCCCCGAUAACCAUCAACUUUGGAAUAAAGUGAUACCCUCCGAA